UUCUGCCCUUUUUUUUCUUUCUUGUUUUUUUUUUUACUGUGGCAAUUGUAGUCGCUCCUUUGCUCAAGAUUCAAAACAUUGAACACUUUCAGCUCAUUCAAUAUGUUUGAUUACUUGCCCCAGAAAGAAAGGUUAUUGAAGUUUCUAUUUCAGCAUUGACUUAGCUAAAUUGUCUCAAAAAGAGAAUUUUUUUUUGCAUAACCUCGUGGAACUGUGUGAUUACUUCUUCUUCUUCUUGUUUGUCCUCCUAUUGAGUUGAAUACCAAAAAGAUCGAUGACCCUUUUCUUAUUGCAAGAAAAUGCGGUAACCCUUUUCAUUUGAGCCCAAGAUUUGCUCAUCUGUAGUUCAAAUCUGGCGUUUUCUUGAGGUCAGAAUUGACAUUUUUUAAUGGGUAUUGGCUUUUUGUUGACUUCAUUCAAGAUGUGGUUGGUUGUGUUGUGCUUUUCUGUAAGAAAGCUUUGAUUUUUAUAUGUAUGGUGUUUCAUUGUUUGAGUAUAGAUCAAUAAUUAGAGAAGUUUUGAAUGUUGAGGAAUGGACAGUGUGUUGUGAUCGACUCUUGUGCUGCCAAAAGAGUCAAGUGGUUAGUUGAAAUUCGCUUUGAGGUUAGUUGAGCUUGUGCUGAAUUUGCCAUUAUUGAGGGUAUUUUCACUGUACUUGAUGUACUAAGAUGGAGUUAUUAUAUAUUCCGGUCUUGUAAACUUUCCCUCAUUUUUAGCUAGUUUCAGAAAUUUUCAUCAUAUUGAUCGAGUUGGAUAAAGUCUCGAAGGUAGUAGUAUUUUAGCGUGCCAAAUUCAGUGAACGUAGUAUUGGUUACAUUUAGCUAAAGUCUGUUUGAAACAAUUCAAGGUUAUUGAUUAAUAUUAUGGCUUCGAUUAGAAGAACGUUGUCCCCAGUGCCUCGUCCUGGAAGUGCUAUGAAUGGAGAAGUAUGUCCUGUGGCCUCUCCACUGUCUAAGUUAUCAUCAUGUACUAAUAGCUAUACACCAACUGGUGCAUUGCUGUCUUCUUUUGGUUCAUUGGAUUAUGCCAUCCACAAGGUUCAGACAUUUGUAGUUGGUCUUUUGUCGCGAAGAUCUUCUAGGCCCUUAGAAAGGUCAAAGUUGAAGGGGCUCAUUUGGAGGAGAGCUCUUCUACAAUUCUUUUUCUGCUUUGUUCUUGGAGUAUUUAUUGGCCUUACUCCAUUACUCAAUUUGUCAACAAAUUUUAUCUCUAAACAUCAAGCUUUAUCCUUUGAGGUCCUCCAGCCAGAAGAAAAUGCUCGAUCAUAUAAUGUAUCUAGAAAUGUGACUUCAACCACUGAGGACUUGCCUAUCAUAGAUAAAUCGACAUCAGAGCCUAACUUAGUACAUGUUGAACUGAAAGAAGAAAUUGCCUACAAUGCCUCCUUUAAUCAAUUACUUGACCAAGAUCUGAUGGCGUCCCGUAAACUUUUGAUUAUUGUGACUCCUACAGAAAUUCGUCCAUUUCAAGCAUACUAUCUAAAUCGUUUGGCCUAUGCAUUAGAGUCAGUGUCUUCUCCUUUAUUGUGGAUAGUUGUUGAGAUGAACUCCCAAUCUGUUGAAACUGCUGAUAUAUUGAGAAGAACUGGAGUCAUGUACAGACAUCUUGUGUGCAGCAAGAAUUUAACUGAUGUGAAAGAGAAAAAUGUGCAUCUAAGGAAUGUGGCACUCUCUCACAUUGAAACACACCACCUUGAUGGUAUCGUCUAUUUUGCUGAUGAGUACAACAUAUACUCUGCUGAUGUCUUCGAGCAGAUGAGACAGAUCAGCCGGAUCGGGACAUGGAUUGUGGCAAGACUGGCUGAAAAUAAUAGGAAAGUUAUCUUGCAGGGUCCAAUCUGUAACGGCUCUCAGGUUAUAGGUUGGCACACUGAAGGUAGAACAAAAAGAUUUCAGAGAUUCUUUGCAGAAAUAUCGGGAUUUGCAUUCAAUAGUACGAUACUUUGGGAUACAAAGAGGUGGCACCGACCAACACUAGAACCUAUAAGGCAGUCUGAUACAGCCAAAGCUAGUUCCCAAGUGAGCACAUUUAUCGAACAAAUGGUGGAAGAUGAAAGCCAAAUGGAAGGCUUACCAAUAAACUGUUCAAGAAUCAUGGUUUGGCAAUUCAACACGGAGAUAUUGUACCCAUAUCCUCAUGAAUGGCUGGUGAAGAAUUACUCAAGAAUUAGUACUUCAGUUGGAUGAAAAUUUUGACAUGCAGAUAGAUUCAUGAGCAUCGAUAAGUGCAGGGGAAAUUUAGUGAACUAUUUUGAGCGUCUGCUGCAAAUAUUUAUCGGACCAACCACUUGAAUGCUAUCAGUUUCAAGCUUGUAAUGUUUAACUACAUGCUAUAGUCUCUAAAGAAACCAAGGAGACCAUUUAGCUCUGGCCUUUCCUCCCUCCCCCAACUGUCCUCUUGCCUUUUCCUCUUCUGCAGCUAUAUCAGUAGUAUUAAUUUGUACAGUUGCAUAGCUAGUCAUGGUAUAGUCUUCUGGCUACCAAGUCAGAAGCAGCAAAAUUAUGGCCAUAUGGAAAAAAUUAUUUACAACAGAUAGGUAAGUUUCAAGUUCUUAGCCAAUUCUUUCGACCAGAGUUUCUUAAUCCAAGUUGAUGUCUGAAUGGAGUAUUGUUUCUUCAACUGGCAGCUUUACUACUAGACUUGUGCAUAUGUUAAGGUGUUACUCCAUUCCAAUUUAUAUGACUCUUUCAUUUUGGAACAUCUAGUGUUUGGCAUCAUC